UCCAUAAACAAGUAUUAAGCUAUUUAUCUGAAGAUUACUUAAAGCUCGUUUAUUUAGGAAAUAUUCUAAUAUUAAAUAUUAGAAAGUAAGUAUAGUUCACUCUAUGCAAUGAUUAAUUACUUACAUUAGCACGCGAUAUUGACAGAAGAUAAUACAAACGUUUAGGGUACGAGCAUCAUUUUGACACGUUUACACCUCCGUUCCUGUCAAUGACGCCUAUGUGGCAUUGAAAUGAUACGCUUAUAACUGUCAUGUUAUCUACAUACAUGUACCAUCAUGUAUAUAUAUAUUUGCCUUUCUGUGUUUCCUCGCACCUUAUCAUUAAAUAACACAAACAUAACAGGAAUGUAGGUAAAGGCAUGAUAUAUAAUAUUCUUUUAUAUUUUUAAGACAAAAAUAACCGUAUACUUUGAUCGUAAACACUCGAACGAUAACAAGUGGAGUGGGAGGAAACGAUUCAACCAUGAGAGCCUGAGCUGGAUUCCACUGAGAUACGCCGAUCAUUCCACAUUGUGCUUCCGAGACUGUUCGAGUAGUGUAAUUCAGAAUAGUGCUCUGACAACACUGCGGUAGAAGAUGGUGUCUGCAUUUUUUACGCUCCUUACAGGGCUGUUUCUACUAUUGUGUUCGUAUUUGUAUUUGAGGUACAACCAUUGGAAGAGAAAUGGAAUUCCUACUGCUAAGGAAUAUGUUCCAAUCCUCGGCCACAUGUUACCCGUAUUGAUGAAAAGAAUACACUUUGGCCAAUUUAUCCGAAAAGUAUACGACGAGCACAAAGAUUACAGCAUGGUCGGAAUAUACAACGGAACAAUACCAACACUAAUUCUUCGAGAGCCUAAUUUAGUAAAAACCGUGCUGCAAAGUAAUUUCUCGAGUUUCCACGAAAAUGCAUUCAAAAUCGACCCAGAUGUGGAUCCUCUUGCGGCUAAAAAUCCGUUUUUUUGCGCUGGAGACGCAUGGCUGAACGGAAGAAAACGUCUAACCUACGCGUUUUCUAACGCUAGAUUGAAGGUUCUUUUCGUAGCUGUCAACGGGGUCUGUAAGAAAUUCGAAGAUUUCUUGAACAGACAACUAGAAACGAAGAACAAGUUCGAAGUCGAGUUGAAAGCGUUAUUCUUAAGAUUCACUGGUGAAGUUGUAGCAAACGCUGGUUUAGGAAUCGAAGGUCAUUGUUUCGCGGAUGAAACAACUCCUAAUGCUUUCGAUCAGCUUACUGGAAAUGCGUUAGUCGCAUCACUAACAAGUUUAAUCUGGCGAUACUUUCCCGCUAUUGGCAGUUUGUUGAAGCUCAAAUUACUUCCCAAACGAUUAGAUGAAUUCUUUAGAAAGGUUGUUGCAGAAAAUUUAGAAAUCAGACGAAGCGAGCCGAUAUACAGAAAUGAUUUCCUUCAAUUAAUGAUCGAUAUGGAAAAAAUAGGGGAGAAAGUCGACGAAGAUGCUAUAGCGGCCCAUGCACUUUCCUUCUUCCUUGAUGGAACCGAGACGUCCAGUCUUACCUUAAAUUACAUUGGAUAUGACUUGGCCGUUCAUCCAGACGUUCAAGAAAAGCUGAGAAAGGAAGUGAUGUCUAAGAUCGAAAAACACGGAGGUUUUACGUACGAAGCAUUGAAGGAGAUGACGUAUAUGGAUCAAGUGAUUAGCGAAUCUCAAAGAUGUCACACGGUUGCAGGUUUCAUGCAUAAAAUAUGCACAGAGAAGUUCGAGCUACAAGGCUCAGAUGGAUUAACCUAUCGUGCGAAACCUGGGACGAAUAUAAUUAUACCCGCUGAGGGUCUGCAUUGUGAUCCAAAGUAUUGGAUCGAUCCAGAAGUUUUCGAUCCGGAACGAUUCAACGAAGAGAGAAGACAAACUAUAGAAAAAAUGACAUUCCUUCCUUUCGGCGAUGGUCCAAGAAUUUGCGUUGGAAUGAGAAUGGCUAUGCUACAGAUGAAGGCGUGUAUAGCUAGUCUGCUGCGAAACUACAGAUUAGAAUUAUCACCAAAAACGCAAGUGCCACUGAAAAUAUCGCCGAAGUAUCUUCUGUCGGAAAUAGAUGGUGGUAUUUGGGUAUAUAUCUCUAAGCUACUUAUGGCUUCUGCAUUUGUCACGCUCCUUAUAGGAGCGUUCUUACUAUUCUGUUUUUAUUUGUAUUUGGUAUACAAUCAUUGGAAAAGAAAUGGAAUUCCAACUGCCAAAGGAUGUAUUCCAAUCGUGGGCCACUUAUUACCCGUAGUAAUAAGAAGAAUGAAUCUUGCCGGACUUAUUCGUCAAAUAUACGAAGAUUACAAAGAUUACAGUAUGGUUGGAGUGUACAAAGGAAUAGUACCGGCACUAGUCGUUCGGGACCCUGAAUUAGUGAAAAUCGUGCUGCAAAAUAAUUUCUCCAGCUUCCACGAAAAUGGAUUUCAUGUCGAUCCAGACGCGGAUCCUCUUUUAUAUACAAAUCCGUUCUUCUGUUCCGGAGAUAUAUGGUCAACUGGAAGAAAACGUAUAACCUAUGCGUUUUCUAACGUGAGAUUGAAGAUCCUGUUUGCAGCUAUUAGCGGAGUGUGUCAGAAAUUCGAAAAUUUCUUGAACAGGCGACUAGAAAGAAACAACAAGUACGAAAUCGAAUUAAAAACAUUAUUUUUAAAAUUCACUGGUGAAAUUGUGGCGAACGCCGGCCUAGGAAUCGAGGGUCACUGUUUCGAAGAUGAACCACGUUCUAAUGCAUUCGAUAAACUUUCUGGAGAAGCAUUCGCCGAAUCAUUAUUAUCUAUAAUCAGAUUCCACUUUCCUUCCGUCAAUCGUUUUUUGAAAAUCAAAUUCCUGCCUAAACACGUGGAUCAAUUUUUCAGAAAGGUCGUCGCUGAAAAUUUGGAAGUUAGAAGAAGUGAAUCGACACCUAGGAAAGAUUUCCUUCAAUUAAUGAUCGACAUGGAGAAAGCAGGAGAGCACAUCGCCGAAGAGAUUGUAGCAGCCCAUGCAGUUUCCUUCUACCUUGAUGGUAUCGAAACAUCCAGCGUCACCAUGAAUUACGUUGGAUAUGACUUGGCUGCUCGUCCAGAGAUUCAAGAAAAGGUGAGAAACGAAGUGAUAUCUACGAUCGAGAAGCACGGCGGUUUGACGUACGAGGCGUUGAAGGAGAUGACGUACAUGAGUCAAGUAAUUAGCGAAUCUCAAAGAUGUCACGCAGCUCUAGGUUUCAUGCAUAAAGUGUGCACGGAAGAAUUCGAGCUUCAAGGAUCCGAUGGAUUGACCUAUCGCGCGAAACCUGGCACUGACAUAUUCCUAUCCGUUCACGGUCUGCACAACGAUCCCAAUUAUUGGGUUGAUCCAGAAGUUUUCGAUCCGGAACGAUUCAGCGAUGAGAGAAGGCAAACUAUAGAAAAAAUGGUAUAUCUUCCUUUCGGUGAGGGACCAAGAAUUUGCGUUGGAAUGAGAAUGGGUUUGCUACAGGUGAAGGCUUGUUUCGCUACUUUAUUGAGAAACUACAAAUUGGAAUUGUCACCAAAAAUGCAACUUCCAUUGAAAAUGUCGCCGCAUUAUUUCCUAACGCACCCACGUGGUGGUGCUUGGGUAUAUAUCUCUAAGCUUUAAAGUUAUCGAAAAGUUUUUAUACAUUUUCAUAUGUUUAUAUUUAGAUGUACAAUACUACGAAGUUUCUGUUGGCUAAGAAUUGUUACGUUUGCUAAAAGAAUAAAGAAAAGAUAAUUAUAGGCGUAAUAUAUUUAUCACUACACUGUUGCUUCUUUUAAUCGGUAAAAAUAAAGUUAUCAUGACAGUGACCUUUAUUACUUGAUAAUAAAUUGUGAUUUGACAUUCUAUAUAUAUAUAUAUAUAUAUAUUUAUAUAUAUACCUUAGUAAUAGAAGGGAAUUUAACAUCACGAAAUUGAUACGGAAGUUAUGUAAGCUUUGAGCAUGAUGCAAGCGUGAAAGACGAAUGAAUAAAAUAAAAUAAAAAGUUAGACGUAUAGCAUUUAUGGGAGUGCGUAUACGGGUCUAUAUUCCGUGUCUCAAAACGAAGGGACUCGAGCGAGUUUUCUGAGUGGUUUCCCGUGUUCACCCUGACUAUAUAUACAUAACUGCGUCAAAUAUACGUAUGUGUGUGGCGUACAUAUUCUAUAUUUUAUAUAUACACAGUACAUAUAUCGUAUUAUCUGCUACGUAAUAUAUGUAUAUAGAAAGAUGCGACAAAUUGGUGUGCACUUUCGAAAAUAAAUAAUCCUUUGUUAUAACGUA